AUGCAGUGGAUCAGCCGUGUCCAGAAGGCCGCCAUGGAGCUGCAUCAUACCCCUGUCCCUGUCGCCACUGUCGACAUCGUUCUCGUCAUUUCGGAUGGACUCCCCAACACGUAUGACCCGGUCAUCACCGCUCUCGAUGGACUCGACUACAGUCAGCUCACCCUCCCACUCGUCAUCAGUCGUGUCAUCGGACACGAGUCAAAGCUUGCACGUUCGAAGGAGAAAGAGAGGGAGACGCUGGAGAGUCCAGGGAGCGAUCCCAGCAGCUAUGCACUGGUUGCACGUCACGGGAACAAGAAGGCUGGUACGUCACCGUCGAUCAUCUGCUACAACUGUGGAGGUCGUGGCCAUAUCAAGGUCGACUGCCCUUCCCCGUCUGUGGACGUGCACGCGCACGUUGCAGCACUGUCGGAGAAGGAUGAUGGAGACGAGCAUGCAAUGCUGGCCACCAUGGAGACAAUCCGACUCUUUUAA